UGCAAAUAUCAACCCUGAAGCUCACUGGGGCAAAUUCACCAUACUUAUCCACCUUAAUUGAUAAAUCAGUUUUAAAAUUAAGUGAUCUACGAAAUGCUUUCGUAAAUGUAGGUCCAAGUUGGCGUACAUUUGUUUUGAUCAUAAGUCUAACAUGAAAAAAUCAAUAUAUAUACCUAUACCUUUACAUCUCGUAUAAAAAUUAAAACUCAUAUUGUACUUACAUGUAAUAUAACCCUGAACUGAACCACACAUCGGAAGGGAAGGAAGUAAUAUUUUACCAUUACUCAUAGAGUUUUUUCCAACGCACCUUACCUACCUGUAUUAAAAAGAUAACGUGUACACAUGCGAAUGUUACUUUAGACUCGCGUUUCAACACGUAAUUUUUCAUUGACUAAUGAAAAAAGUUUCACCAACAGCUAUCGAUGGUCGUGCCGGCGGAAUCAUGGUUAAGCCAGUCAUUAAUCGUUGAUUUGUCGUCGAGCAACAUACAAGUUUCUCAAAGCUUCUCCUGCCAGUCUUGUCACGUGUUUAACGUAGAUACCUAUUCUAUUCGGAAGUGUAAAUCCUUCGAGUGUUCGAAAUUCGAUUUUUUACAUGGAAAUUCUCCACAUUCUCGCGAAUUUAUUUCUUUUCAACGUGGUCGUCGCUCAAAUUAUGUCCAAGUGUUGUCCUCUAAAUCACGAACUUUUCAUCGGCGGUACUAACUUGAGCGAUAUCGAACGUGAAAAUGUAUUCUGCAGGCCGACCAAUGGAACCGUUUUGGUAGCCGUUGAUUCACCAUCAUUGACCAUCGGGUUGCCGAAUUGCUCGAAAUUGAAUAUUAUCGACGUGUAUAGAAGAGAUUUGAAAAUAUCCUGCCUCGAUAGGAUCACCCAGCUGAACGAUGUGUAUGCUUUGCGAUGCGCUGAAAACGAAACUGAGAAUUCCAACGAGAUUGUGACCACAGUCAGCAUGCGGAAGUGUUGCCCAUCCCAUCGAGCUUAUAAUUGGGAUAAGCAGUAUUGCUUCAGCCAGUACACCCAAGAUAAUCACGAUUCGGCUACGAAUUUAAUCAAACUAGCUUGGAAUAGAACACCUCAUUUCGUCAAUUUAUCCUUCGGUUCGCCCGUUUGCAGAAAAAGUGACGUACUAAUUGAUAAAAUCUUGCACAGAGAUAAAGUCGAGUUCCUCAAUACGGACGCCAUAGCUAUCAAAGAGCUCAACAGCUCCGUCAUAUUAUCAUUCGACGAAUUCUGCGUCGAUUUAGUCGAUGACCGAUUCGAAUACUUAGCAAUUAGAUCCUGCCAAGACUACCUCACCUCGUGUAAACACGACAAUAAAGUCUGCGUCCAGAAAUGCUGCCCGGUAGGAUACGAAUACCACGAAGAAAAAUGCAUACCGUCAACGCGACCUUUAUCGUUAACAUUUUACAACAUUACACAAACCUACGAUUCGGAAGCGAUGCCAGUUACCGUAAAACCGGCGUUUCUGCAAGCGAGUCAUUGUGCCACUGGAAAAUACCAACUCAUCGAUGAUGACGAGCCAAAAAAAUACCUACUAACUACCAGUGGAACUGUCUACAUGCCGGCUACGAAUCGAGUCAUUGAUAUAGAUUCCUAUUGCGUUGAUAACGUUAAAUUUCAUAAUAAAACCAGAACUUUCGUCUGCGUUCACGAAGAGAAAAGCAUGUUCACUGUGAUCCGCGAACUGAAACCUUUGCUGACUUCGAUUUGCGCCGCCAUUUCGGCCUUUUUCUUCAUCCUAACGUUCCUGAUUUAUUUGUGCCUGCCGUCGCUGAGGAAUUUACACGGGCAGUUGAUUAUGAGUUAUUUGUUCGCGUCUGCGGCCAGUUACGUGAUGGUGGUCAUCCAUCGGACUGUUCAGCUUCGAAUGUAUUCGGAUUCUAUUUGUAAAACUGCUGGUUAUACCAUGCUUUUUGUGACUUUAGCAUCGUUUUGUUGGCUUAACGUGAUCUCAUUCGAUAUUUGGUCUACUUUUAGAAUAACCAGAUCGACAUUCCUGAAGAAAUCCAAAACGUGUAAAAAAUUAAUCCUGUAUAAUAUUUACGGCUGGGGAUAUCCAUUGUUAUGGUCAAUAUUCGCCUCCGGCUCGAGAUAUAUUUUCAACAUUGAUGAAAAUUCGCCUUGGAAUUGCGAUAUCGGCCAAGUUUCCUUUUCCUGUUGGUUUGCUGAUUAUGGAAGAAGUAAAAUCAUAUACUUCAUCGUACCCAUUUCCAUUAUGCUGGUAUUUAACGCAAUAAUUUUCAUCACCAUAGUAAAAUACUGUUCCAGUGUAAAAGCAGAACUAUACAGCACAAAUAAUUGUAAUUAUUCGCUGAAAAAAUAUUCGAAAAAUAAAAACGACUUCAUGAUAAAUAUAAAAUUAUUCAUACUUAUGGGACUGAAUUGGAGUUUGGAAAUCGUCGCACUCGUCGUACAACCUCAACAUCGAGUUUUCUUCGUAAUUUCCGAUCUUCUGAAUGCUCUAGUCGGUUUAAUUGUAUUUUGUAUCUUAAUUAUGAAACGCAAAGUGUUACAUAAUUUGAAAAAAACACUUUGCCAAGGUAGUCAGCAGCAGGGCUUAGAUAGAUUGACUAGAUCAAAUGCGUCUACAUCGUCGUCAAAUCUGCAAAGUUCUACUAAUUUGAAAAGAAGUAGUGUUCAUAGGUUUUAGAAAUGCGAAAAAUCGGUACCUAAUAUUUUACCUUACUAAUUUCCUAUGUUUUAAUACCUAUCUACCUACCUAUUUUUCAAAUGCAUUUGUUCCAUGUUCUUAACGAAUGUGGAAUUUAAAAAAGUUCCUUUCUUUGUUUGACUACCUCCUAUCUAGUUUUUUUUAAGGCACCUAAAUCGAACUGUUUAUAUUUAUUAAUUGAACAAUACCUAUUUGUAUUUUAGGAUAAGUAUUGAGUCAUUUUUUUCUCGUUUUAUUUUUAAAUUUUUUUUUUUAGUUUAAAGUCAACUGAAACCAAAUCUACUUAUGUAUUUCAUUUUUCUUUAGAUUAAGUAUUUUACAUGUACCUAGCUACCUGUACCUAUCUAUAACGAAAGUAAGGUCGUGGUCACGAGAUAUUGUUUUACUAAACGACGAUUCAUUUUUUGUACACUGUUUGAAAACAUUGUUUCUUGUGCUUAUAUGUAUAUUUCAAUGAAGUCUGAUACCUGAAAAAAGUACUUCCUGGAUUAGGAUAGGAAAUGCACUCAAAAAGCAACUCCUCACUUCCGAUAGUUGGCCUCGUAAGAGCUUCUCUUGUACAAAUAUUCUGAGAAUAAAUGACAUUGGAUCUUUAAAAUUAGCUACCGUAGGCUACUCUGUUUUUUAUUCGACUUCUACAAAUGUCACACCUUGGAUUUUUGAUCAAAAUUAAAUUUUUUUUUCUCAAUUAAUUUUUUUGUUUCUAAAAACAGCAGAGAAGUGCUAAAAAUUUGGCUCUUAUUUGUUGUAUAUUAAGACGUACUUGAUAAGAUUAAAAAAUAGAUGAAUUAAAAAGAUAAAAAUUGGAAUAGCCUCGAAAAGUACUUAAGUACUAUGGUACCUAUCUACUGGAGUGAACUUGAUGUUCCUAUGAGAGCCAAUAGAUUUAGAUUAAGUAAGUUUUUAUUAUAAGUAUUUGAAUGUGAAUGAACAAUUGAAAUAAAUAAAUGUUCAUUAGUUUCAA